AUGUGGUACCUUCCCAACUCGAGUCAAGAGCAUCUGGAGCUAGCUUUUACGAUAGAUCAUGUCGUGUUGAAGAGUCUGAUAAUAUAUUCAGAGAUUGUUCGAGUAAUAGUGACAACACGCCUGGUCAGUUUACAGGUGCAAAGGCAACGACAGAUACAGCUUAUCUAUAAUGAGAGAAAUGCUGAACAUGGGGUUGUUUGCUCAUCUAUAUGCUUUGGUAGCAGUGCAGAGAGAGGAUCAAAUGAUCAGCCUCAUAAUCUAAAGAGGAAAACCCGAGAUAAUGAGGAUUCAUGGGAUGUUGAGUCUGACAUGGAAAUAUCUUUUGUUCAGGAUGUUGAAGAAGAAUCUGUCGAGCUGCAGAGUUUCUGCAAACAGAUGAGAAGGGAUAGGAUUAACGAAAAGAUGCGUGCAUUACAGGUGUUGAUGAAAAUGUCACUGCAUCGGAGAGCCAUCGUACAGAUUUUGCUUGCGAUUUCUCUCCUUUUGAACCAUUAUGAAGUUGAAGCAGAACAGAGGUUGUCUAAAGCAGAGGACUUAGAGUUAGAGAACCAACUAAAGCUUCUUAAUAAGCCGGCAAUCAAGACUAUUAAGGGCAAAUAUGGAGAACUAUAUGAUUGUGUAGACUUUUACAAACAACCUGCAUUCGACCAUCCUCUGUUGAAGAAUCAUAAUUUUCAUCCCCAGAUGAAACCUAUGUUAUCUAUGUUGCAAGGAGAUGACAUUUCUUCAAAUAUUAAUAGACCUUUUAACAUAGAGUUAGAAGGCGGAGGUUGUCCUGUUGGAACAGUUCCUAUUAGAAGAACUACAAAGGAAGACCUAAUAAGGCGGAGACUUACAUCGCAAAUGAGAGGGGGAGAUGAUUCUCCUGAUGGUAAUGGUACUGUUUCCGACGGAACCAAACCUUUGGGAGGAGGCUACAAGUUUGCAUCUGUACAAAUCCCAUACAGUCCAAGAAACAAAAUAGCAGGAGCAGGAGCAAUUAUUAGUUUGCAUAAUCCUCAAAAUCUUAGCGGGCAUCAACAUAGCGGAGGUCGUAUAAAAGUUCAGAAUGGGAUUGACAGCAUACAAGUUGGCUGGACUGCUGGAAAAUUAGCUUGUUAUAAUACUCAAUGUCCAGGUUUUAUACAAAUAAACACUGCAAUACCUUUAGAUGGGCAACUUCCAGGUUCUUCUUAUGGUGGACCUGUUUUUGAUGUACCGAUGCAUAUUGCUCGGGACAUGUCAAAUGGAAAUUGGUGGUUUUAUUUUGGAAUAACAGCAGUUGGAUUUUGGCCUGCAAAAAUAUUUACUAACUUAAAAGGAUUUGCAACAAGUGCUGAAUAUGGAGGAGUUGUGUAUAGUCCUCCUGGAAUUCCAGAACCUCCAAUGGGCAGUGGCUAUUUUCCUGUUGGAAACCUUAAAAAAGAUGCAUAUUGUAAGAAAUUUCAUUUCUUAACAGAUAAAAAUCAAACUAAGUCUUUAGAUGAUAUUUUAGUGAAAUUAUAUGCAAAUAGUCCAAACUUAUAUAGAGUUACUGAUUAUCCAAACUCUGGGGUUGCAACUGGGAAUUUAGUGUCAUAUGGAGGACCAGGUGAACAAUAA